AAUGAACUCACUACGCUGAUGCGCCAAGCUAGUCACAUCCCCUUUGGGUUUUGUUUACAUUUGAAUUUUUAUUAUUCUUUUGUAGAAGUAUAAGCAAACUUUUCACAAAGCAUAAAAUAUGGCGGUGGAUAAAAUGAGUGCCAAGGAUAUUUUAAUGAGAGCAGUAGAGUGUGAUCAGGUGGGCCGUAUUUUAGAAGCGCAAGAUCUCUACGAAGAAGGCCAACGGCUAGUAAUGCAACUUGUGGCGCACCAACGCGACGAAUCUAAGAAAAAAAUUUUGUGGGAAAGGAUCAAGGAAUACAACGACCGCAUGCGACAAAUAAAGGAGCGUGUACAGAAGCAUGUUAUUGGUGGAGAGCUUGUAUCAAGUAUACCGAUAGAUGAAGAUUCUGUUGGCAAUAGCUAUCGGAAUCUUUUUGGGAAGUACCUAGACGCAGAAGUAAAGGAGGUGCUGCUUGAAGAACCAUACCUUUACGAAAAAUAUCAAUUUCAGAAUUUCGUAUCGUUUCUGGAGUUGUUAGCGAAGAACUGUCCGUAUCUGAAAUACGUCCGACUGGUGACCAAAACUCAUAGCAAGGCUCCAGAGAACCAAAUAAACGUGAUAAGGCAGAUUACACAAGAUCUAGCAAAGCGAAAUGUGACAUUAUACACAAAAUUUGUGGAAACAUUACAUGACCGUAAAAUUGUGGUUAGCAGUGGUUUUAUUAUAAAAGUUGGGCGCGGUUUGCAUAUUUUUAAACCAUUGAAUCCCUUCUACAGCCUAGGAUUAUGUGAUUAUGACUUUCGCAAGUGUCUACAAACUGAUGUUGAUAUUUGGCGUACAAAGAACUUUAUUUGUUAAAUAAAUUGGAGAUCUACUUAUAGAAAUCGGAGCCUUUCUAUAUUAAAAGAACUUUGUCCAUAUACCGAAAGACUGGUCUCUUAAAAUCCGAAUGGAAUUUAAAAGCAACGGACCGAAUUUUAAGGAAAAUCGCAUUUGAAGAACUUAAGUUUUAUAAAAUUUUUAAUUACUCUGUAAAGAAACUGAAUAUAUAUGGUCUUUCUAUUAUAAUAAUGUAUGUACUUUUAUGUUGGGUAAAAAUUUCAUAGCUAUAUUGAUUAAUAUAUCUCCCUACAA